ACAGAAAGAAAUAAUUGUGUCCUUUUGUUGACUGAAGGUACACUCGACAAACGUUUACUAUAUUAGCUUCCUCCACAGGAGAGAAAAAUUCAUUCCAAAAACUAAUAUGCAAACCUUACCUUUUCUUUCUCUAUUACCUUAUUACUGUCAUGGUAAUCUUGGGGAAAAGUUAAUCCAAUCUUCGUAUGCAAGGGGCCCUCAACACUGAUCUUCAACAAUAGGUGCUCGGCCUUCAAGGCACACUAGUUUUUGGAAAUGAACAGAUAAAUCUUUCUUUUCAGUGGAAUGUUCCAUUGUAAAUCUUUUUAGGCACUUAUCAGGGCUAUCAAAGCCCUUUCUAAACGCUUUUAGGGCAGUUUGAUGGUGUUUUGUCAAAUUAUCGUACUUGCUAACACGGGGCUUUUAAGAAAGAACAUUGCAGCGGAGGGUCUGGAAAGCAAGCACUGUUCACACCCCUUUGAUAGUUGAGUAGGACUUUUCCAGACCCUCCUAACAUGGAUUUUCUAGGGGCAGGGUUUGAUAACGUAACAUAAAAUCCACGGUUCGUACUAUGACUAUUGUAGAUGAUUAUCAAAGGAAUAUCGUGGACUAAUGUCAUAAGAGCGAGGAAAGUGAUAUAUCGGUCAAUGAACCGUUACUCCGCUUGCGUAAUAUUGGCUUUCUUUGGGAGAAAAAAAUACUUUCCCUUUUUUUAAACAUUACGAAGAAACAAGAUUGAGGUUAUGUAUUACCAGGUGACGGUGACGUCAAACUGUCAGUAAUGACUUUUCAAGGUUAUGGUGCGCAUUAUCUAUGCUAAUUGUUGAUUCAAUUCGAUUUAAAAAAAUUACCGCCUCGUCGCGCCUUGUGCACUCGCGUACCGAAAGUUUCGGGCCAUUAAAUCCGAAAAUUGUACACGCCAUGGUGGUAGUGUUCAGGAUUGAUCUUCGGCCCCCCUUUCCUCUCCCCGUACCACUUUCUUCUUUCCCAUUAAGUAGCUUUGUUCCUCCGGUCAUAAUGCGAUUGAUAACAAGUGAUAAACGGUGUUAAGUGGCUCUAAUGGAUUCAAUUAAGAUAACAAAAUCGAUUUAAUUACAAAGCGAAACGAUGCCGUCGGUUAUCUCGAAGCUCCUCGCCAAGACCGAGGCGACGCGAAGAUCCCUGAACAUACCGCGCUCGUACUUGCACGGCGGAAUCCUCGCCGCGUGUCUCCUGGCGUACACCUACAAAGUCGGAUAUCCCCUAAUCGAGAAUCUCCUCAGCAAGGGCAACGCGCAGCAGGACAGCGUCAACAACAACCUAUUGGUGACGACGAAUCCGCCGCCGGCGCCGGUCCGCGUCGAGAGACGGACUAGGGCGUGUUCGCAAAUCGAGUACCUGCUACGGCUGGUGCCCGGCCUGAACGUGCAGUUCGUGCUGCAAUUCUACAAGCUGUUUCGGAUUAUGAUUCCCAGUGUUUUCGGUAUCGAAACCGUCCUACUAUCCGGUCACACCCUGUUCCUGUUUCUGCGCACGUUUCUCAGUAUCUACGUAGCGAAUUUAGAGGGCGCGAUAGUCAAGUACAUCGUACGUAACGAACCGCGCAACUUCAUCAUGCAAAUACUGAAGUGGUUCGCGAUCGCGAUACCCGCCACAUUCAUCAAUAGCACAAUUAAGUACCUAGAAAGUCGUAUCGCUCUGAGCCUCCGGACGAGGCUCGUCGAGCACAGCUACAAGCUGUACUUUAAGAACCAGAGCUACUAUCGCGUGACCGUCCUCGACGGUCGUCUCGAGAACUGCUCGCAGCGCCUCACCGACGACAUCGAGACCGUCGCGAACAUGGUCUCGCAUCUGUAUUCGCAGAUCACGAAGCCCCUCUUCGACAUACUGCUGAUGGUGAUCGCGCUCGCGAACCUCACGAAAUCGCGCAACGCGAACGUUAUAACCGGCCCGGCGAUCGUGACCGUCGUCGUCGGCCUCUCCGCCUUCAUUCUCAAGCUCGGCUCGCCCAAAUUCGGCGUGCUCGUCGCCCAGGAGGCCGAGAAGAAGGGAUACCUGCGAUUUAUACACUCGCGGCUCGUCACCAACUCCGAGGAGAUCGCCUUUUACGGCGGCCACAAGGUGGAGCUGUCGCAGUUGCGCGGCGCGUAUCGCGUGCUCGUGCGCCACAUGCGGCACAUGUUCGGCGUGAAGCUGUGGUUCGUGAUGCUCGAGCAGUUCCUGAUGAAGUACGUGUGGUCGGGCACCGGACUGAUCGUGGUUAGCUUGCCGAUUCUUCUGUCCCGAAAGAAGGAGGUUUACAAAGAAGAGAAGCAACUCUCAUAUUUGGCCCAAUCGAGCGAGCUAAACACGAGCUUGCCCACCGUUAGCGUCGAUAACGUGGGCGAACGCACCCAGUACUUCACGACCGCCAAAAAUCUCAUGUUAACCGGCGGCAACGCUGUCGAGCGUCUCAUGUCGAGCUACAAAGACAUCGUCGAGCUCGCCGGGCACACGGCGCGCGUCGCCAACAUGUUCACAGUCCUAGAGGAGGUCAGCGAGGGAGUUUACGAGAAGACGCUCGUCGAGAAAAAGGACAACACGCACGGCUUCGUGUUCGAGUACGAGAAAGACCAGCCGAUACCGAAGGGCAGGCUCGUCCACUCGACCGACGAGAUCGUCCUACAGAACGUGCCGAUCAUCACGCCGAAUUGCGACGUGAUUUGCGCCUCGCUGAACCUCGUCUUGCAUCCCGGACAGCACCUACUGAUCACCGGUCCGAACGGCUGCGGCAAGUCGAGCCUGUUCCGAAUACUCGCCGGCCUGUGGCCGAUUUACGCGGGCGAGCUGCGCGCGCCGAAAAAUUCGAUGUUCUACAUUCCGCAGCGUCCGUACAUGGUGAUCGGGAAUCUGCGCGAUCAGAUCAUUUAUCCGGACACGCACACGGACAUGAUCAAUAAGCAGGUGAGCGAGGAGGACCUGCGGAAGAUCAUGCAUAUGGUGCACUUGGACCACAUCGUGGAGCGAGAUUCGUUUUACACGGUGAGAGACUGGACCGACAUCCUUUCCGGUGGGGAAAAACAAAGGAUGGCCGUCGCGAGACUCUUCUACCAUAAACCAAAGUACGCUCUUCUUGACGAGUGCACUUCGGCGAUCUCAAUCGACGUCGAGGGCGAAAUCUACCAGGCCGCCAUUAACCUCGGCAUCACGCUCCUGACGAUAACCCAUCGUCCGACGCUAUGGAAAUUCCAUACGUAUAUUUUACAGUUCGACGGAGCCGGCGCUUGGGAAUUUUCCGAAUUGAACGUUUCUAACUUAAAGGAAUCGAGGUACGGCCGAGAUCGGACGAACUCGGAAUAGUGAAUUUAGAUUAAGGUUCUAGGUUUAACGAUGUAUAUAAUAGGUCAAUUAUCCUGUAACAUUCUCACUUGAAUUUCCAGUAAAUUAGAAAAACUUCAGGAUUA